AAGCCUGCCCACACACACCGACGGAACAGAUCUGUAAAUUUGCCGGUCCGACCGCUUCCCUCUCGACCUGAGAGCAUCCAGCAUACUCAAUUCCAGCCACCAGCUCCGCAGAUAACCGUCCAGGCUGCUCUUGAGCUACAGUAUAAGUACCGCCACAUUUUCAUUGGAACGGCCUCGCUGUACGACUUUCUAAAGACGCUGGAGACCUCCUCGCUAGGAUUGACAACGAAGCUGGCUGUAAUGAAGUCAUACCUAUCACUGGCCUCCAAGGAGCAGUUCCUGUGUCGGCAAAACUCAUCGAGUCCUGAGGAUUGGGAUCUUGUGACACGCAUUACGCCUAAAAUUUCAGAUUUCACCCCUUUCACUUUGGCACGAGUACAGCUAGGGUCAGUCUCCCUACAAAAGUUUGUAGAUAGAAUCCCUUUCGACAUGUACGACAAAGUGCCUACCGCGACGAUUGUAGAAGCAUUCAAAAAUGCCAGCCUCAUGGAUGCUGAGGAGGAUGGCGACACAGAGAAUAGGGCGCAUGCGUUCAGAAGCUGGCUAUUG